CUCUAUAAAUUCUCGUCCUUGAAUUUCAAAUUCGACGGCUGGGGCUGUCUGCUAUCAUACUCCCUUCGAAAGGAAAAACAAACUCAUCAAACACGGAAAUUCUAAGAAAUUUAAAAUGGAAGAACAGCAGCAGCCGGUUAAAAAUGGCGCCGAACCAAAGCCAGCCCCUGACAGAGUCUCGCUGCUUAACUGCAUCGAUCUCUCCAGCGCUGACAAUCAGCAAUCCGUUUUUCUCCUCAAACAGGCAUGCUUAGAUUGUGGAUUCUUCUAUGUGAUUAAUCAUGGUAUAAGCCAAGAAUUCAUGGACGAGGUUUUUGCUAUGAGUAAAAGGUUUUUUGAAUUGCCUUUAAAUGAGAAAGUGAAGCUUUUAAGGAACGAGAAACACAGAGGUUAUACGCCUUUUCUUGAUGAGACUCUUGAUCCUGAUAAUCAAGUAAAUGCAGGAGAUUAUAAGGAGGGAUAUUAUAUCGGUGUUGAAGUGCCUGAAGGUGACCCUGCAGCAGAGAAGCCCUUUUAUGGCCCAAAUGUGUGGCCUGCACCAGAUAUAUUGCCAGGAUGGAGGGAGACAAUGGAGAGAUUUCAUCGAGAAGCUUUAGAGGUGGCUAAAGCAGUUGCAAGGAUAAUAGCCCUUGCACUUGAUUUGGAGGUUGGUUUUUUUGAUAAGCCUGAAAUGCUCGGAGAGCCUAUUGCUACCUUGAGGCUACUACACUAUGAAGGUCAAGUUUCUGAUCCUAUGAAAGGAAUAUAUGGAGCUGGGGCGCAUACAGACUACGGUUUGAUUACCCUCUUAGCAACAGAUGAUGUGUUAGGUCUUCAAAUAUGCAAGGAUAAGGAUGCUAAACCUCAGAUAUGGGAAUAUGUAGCACCAGUAAAAGGAUCAUUUAUUGUGAAUCUUGGUGACAUGCUGGAGCGGUGGAGCAACUGUAUAUUCAAGUCCACUCUGCACAGAGUCUUAGGAAAUGGCCAUGAGAGAUAUUCUAUCGCGUACUUUGUGGAACCUAGUCAUGAUUGUCUUGUUGAGUGUUUGCCAACUUGCAAGUCGGAGAAAAAUCCUCCCAAGUUUCCUCCGAUCAAAUGUGGAACAUACCUGUGCCAGCGCUAUAAGGAUACUCACGCUGAUCUGAACGUAUACAACAAACAGCCCCAAAAUUGAGUUUGCAGCAAGAAUUCUAUACACAGAAGUCUAGCCUAAAAGGCUGUUUUAGAUGAAGUGUCACAGAAUAAACCACAGGUCCUUUAACUUAAUUGUGCAGUUGUGUUGUUACCCUUGUGAUAUCAUGUGUCCGAUAGAGAUUAACAGAAUAAAUUUCAUACCUAGUGCUGUAUUAGUUUCAUUGAUGCUGUGACAUAUUUAUGUUGAUUAUUUUGUAUUAUAAAAUAAUUCUACUGUC